AUGUCGGCCCGCCAGACGAUCUUGGAAUUUGAGGGCCGCAUAAUCGAGAUCACUAAGCAUUCGCAGGUGGAUGCGGCGGUGGACUUGCUGCGUAAGGAUGCGCACUGGCACGACGCUGGCAAGGAUGAGCCCUACGCCUACGUGGGCUUCGACAUGGAGUGGAGGCCCGAGUUCGCGCCCGGGCAGUCCAACCCGGUGGCCCUCAUUCAGGUGGCCAGCGAGCAGGUGUGCCUCAUCUUCUACAUGCUGCAGCUCCGCAGCAUGCCCAAAGCUCUCGAGGAGCUGCUUCUCGACAAGUACUUCUUGAAG